UCGGAUUAAAUACCAUACACUGAUAAAUAUUCCCCGAUCUACCACAAUGUUUCUUCCAUUCACAAUCAGCCUUUUGGUCGGCCAAAUUAUCUGCCAGGAUCCUAAACCAUGCACAUCGCCUGUCACGUGGGAAUGCAAUGAGAUUAAAAUCGACCCUGCUCGGAAUUACGUACAGCGUCGCCGGUUAUCUUACGAUGCAAGGAACAGAAGAGAAAGAAGGGUCGAAACUGUCGAGAAGGGUAGCAACAAAACUUUCUACGAUGAACUUAUUCUAUGGAACGAGAAUAAGAUGUACAAACUUGACCUGAAAACCAGGAUAUGCAAUACCACGGUUCCACAUCGAGGCUGGAUUCCACGUGGUACUCAUCCGGGUGACAAAUUCCUGAGCACAAAUUUAGUUGGGGCAUCUGGAUAUCCAAAAGAAAAACUUACAGUUUUACAAUUUGUUUCGAACAAAACAGACGGGAUGAAACAUACUAUUGUAUCAUAUCCAGACUGCAUUCCAAUAAGAACUACAAUUUUCAGGGAACAAGAAAUUGAAAUUUCUACGUACUACGACCUUAGCAUUGGAAUAUCGGACACAAAAAUUUGGACACCUCCUAAAGAAUGUGUCCAAUAGCAAAUAAAUAAUAAAAUAACAUCGUAUUAGC